GGAGGAACUCAGCUAAAGGCAAUUCGCAAAUAUUAUCAAAUUUCAAUAUAUCAACGCAUAGGUCAAGACUCAAGACAAAUAUAAGAAUGGCUACUCCUCAUUCGCCCAGCACUAUCGUCUUAGGCGAUUUGGCCUAUGGCAUAAGCCCAUGGUUAUUCGUCUCAGCCAUGAGCGUCGUGGUCGAGUUUGAGCGUAACGGAUUUGUCAGAUCCACGGCAAGCUGGAUUAUGUUCUUAGUAACUUUAUUCACCAUCCGUGCCAGAUUGUACCCCGCGAUCCGUCGGCGCCGAAGUCACUGGUUCGGCGACUUCUCCAAGCACCUGCUGUACGCCUCCGUGGACGCGUUUGCGCUCACGCUUGGUGAUUAUCGGUUCUUCUCGAAUAACUUGUUGGAGUUGUUGAAGAUUGUCGCUUUUGUGUAUUUGUACAUCAAAUUCUAUGAUGCAAUCGGGCAGCCUGCUCUCUUCCCGCAGGGUGUCCGGCCCCAGGUUUCCAGGACUAGACGCACUCCUACUCCUUCUCCUGUCCCCGCUCCUGCCCCUGCCCCUACGCCCGCCCCUCAAAGGCCAGAGAACGAGGGCCGAACAGGUAGAGAGCCUCUACAGCCGCCAGUCCAGCCCGAAGCACUUCCCCAGGUGCCAAGUCACGUACCAACUCAGAUUCCUACUGAGGUUCCUGCUCAGGAGCCAACCCAGAUACCAACUCCGGCACAAAUUCCGGCACAAACUAUACUGCCAGGCCAGAGCCGACAGGAGAGAGCGGCUGCUGUGAACCGACUAGAGCAGGCGUGGCUGAAUAUGAUGAACCAACGGGUUCGCGAUAACCUUGCACGUCAAGAUCAGCCUCCAGCCGAACAGCCAGCGCAGCAGCCAGCUCAACAGCUGGCCCAGCAACCUGUUCAACCUCCUGUCCAGCCUACCCAAAGGACACGGCCUAUCCCACAGGUGUGGGAUCAGGGCCAACCAUCGAUCCCAGCGCAGACCCCAAGCCAAACGCCGAGUCAGUAUCGAGGGCCAAUUAAUUGGAACGCGCCUCCGGCCAAUACUAUUCCGCAGACCGGGGGGCAGCAACAGCAGCAGCAGCCGGCUCAGCAGACCCAAACCGUACCGCCCCAAAAGAACUCUGAUAUACAGCAGACGGGCGGUUCGUUCUUCAAUCGCCUGUUGAAAUAGACUGAUUCAUCCGUUGUCGCGGCUCAAUAGGCCAGGUAAGAAAUAACAAAGGGGCUGCAGUUGUUUGUGUAGAACUCCUCCUUUGUGUACCUAUCUAGGAUUCAGCGGCUGGGGUUGGCAAGGAGUAACGUGAAAGACCGAUGUACGUCAUAGUAAAAUAAGUGUCAACGCGUUGGAGUUUGUAGUAAAGCGCCUCUUAGACUAUUCGAUCAUAGUUCAUAGUUAAUAAUAUUUUUU